AUGUGUUCUAGUUUCCUUUGGGGUCACAAAAUCCACUUAGUAUCUUGGAGCUCUGUUUGUCAGGACAUAAAGCAUGGUGGCUUGGGUUUAUUUUCAGCUAAGUUCUGGAAUUAUGCAACAGCAGCUAAGCUUCUUUGGAUGAUACAUCUUAAAAAGGAUAUUCUGUGGAUUAAGUGGGUGCACGGCACAUAUCUGAGACAAACUAGUAUCUGGCAGAUACAGUCUAAAAAUUGUGACUCAUGGAUGUGGAAACAGCUUCUAAAAGCUAGAAACAUGAUAAGGGAUAAGAUGGGAAGUGUUGAUAAUCUCCUGAAUGCAAUUAAUAGCUGCUGUGUUAAUAAUAAUAUCAACAUUUCAUCAAUCUACAGGGUGCUUUUCAGCAGUAGCCUGCUUUGUAUGAAGGAUCAGGGACUGUAUAAUUUCAGCCAUUAUAUGGAAUUGUCCUCUACAGCUUCUAAUCCAUUGAUGAGUUCUCAAAAUCGAGAGUCAGAAUGGCCAAAGAAGAAUAAGAUCAAGUGCACUCUGUGUGGACAUGAAACCACCGGUGGCAUUUCCCGUCAGAAAGAGCACUUAGCUGGUAGCCGAGGGAAUACAAAACCAUGCAAGAAAGUGACACCUGACAUUAUUGCGAGAGUAAAAGCAGCAAUGGCUGAAACUAAGGGUAAGAAGUCAGACAAGAUAAGAUUUGAGAUUGAGCGUAGGCAGGAUGUCGACAUUUCUAAUUCUAGAAUUGAGAAUGCGGAAGAGAUCACUAAGAUUGGAAACAAGAGGCCCCGUGAAUUUGGAGCUAUCCAUCGAUAUGCUACAUUCUUACCAGAGGAGCCUACAUCAUCUUUAACUAUGAAGCAAACAACAGUUGAUGCAGCUGAGCGCAAAAGAAGAAAGGAGUUGGUCCACGAAUGGGUCUCUCUUUGGACCUAUGAAUCAGGAAUUCCAUUUCAUGCAUUGAUGCUUCCUUCUUUCAACAAUAUGUGUGAAGCUAUUGGUCAGUUUGGUCCAGGUUAUGUGGGACCAACGAUGUAUCAGUUGAGGGAGCCUUUGUUGAAGAAGGCAGUAUCACGUACUUCAGUUGGUUUGGAGCCACAUAAGAAGCUUUGGGAGACUACCGGUUGCACAUUGAUGACAGAUUCGUGGACUGAUCGAAAACACAGAUGUGUUAUGAACAUGUGCAUUCAUUCUAGUGCCGGAGUUAUUUUCUACAACUCGAUAGAGAAGUCUGCUGAAUCUCAUACCGGAGAUUUUAUUUAUAAGUGGGUUGAUCAGUGCAUCCAGGAGAUAGGGGCAGACUAUGUUGUACAAGUUGUCACUGAUAAUCACUCGGCGAAUAUGGCUGCAAAGGAGAAGCUAAAAAUUAAGAGACCGAGAAUCUUUUGGACUUCUUGUGCGGCGCACACAACCAAUCUCAUGUUGCAGGAUAUUGGAAAAUUGACAAAUUUUAAGAAUAUAAUUGAGAAGGCUCGGGCUUUGACUGUUUUUAUCUAUGGCCACACCAGGACUUUGGCACUUAUGCGUAAGUGCACGAGGAGGAAGGAUAUUGUCAGGCCGGGCACCACUAGAUUUGCCACCUCAUUCCUCACAUUAGGGAGUCUAUUGGAGAAGAAGGAUGCAUUGAUGGCUAUGUUUAACUCGGAUGAGUUUACGAGUUUGAAAUUUGUUGGGGCUGCAAAGAAGAAAGCUCUUACAGCAAAUGCUACGGUGAUAUCGAGAACCUUCUGGAGAGGUGUGAGGAGUUGCUUGAAGGUCUUCACGCCUCUUUUCAAAUUUCUACGCAUGGUUGAUUCAGAUACUUGUCCCUCAAUGGGAUUUAUUAUUGGAGAGCUUAAUCAAGUGAAGAGGGAAAUCAUGACUGCUUUGAAGACCGAGAAGAGCUAUAUGCCUAUCAUAUCCAUUAUAGAAAGACAUGCUAAGAAUAGGCUUGAUAGUUCUCUUCACCUAGCUGCAUGGUUCCUAAAUCCUCUUUUCUAUUAUGCGGAGGAUGAGAAAUGA